CAUCCAACCGUUUGCGCAUGCGCCGUAGUCGGCGUUUUAAAACAAGUCUUGAGGAGGGAACAUGAAGACAACCUGAAGCCCCACUCUUGAUAUGGUCGAGCUGUUGCGUCCACAUGGGGAGUCGGUGUGGAGCUGCAGGAUGAGAAGUGGUCGUGUUCGCCAUGACUCUGAGAUCCAAACACUUUCUACAACCGGCAUUUAAAAGUAAGGCUGACACGGAAGACUUCGUGGUCAACACCGUGAGCGUGAAGAGCGAGCCCUGCGACUUUGUUAUUGAUGUCCAGGACGUUCGCAGGGGGGAGAUCCCAAGCAGAUCGAAAAACUUAGAUCAGAGUUUCAUGACAAGCGAAGUCGCACUUGCUGCCACAGCUCCAGAAACGCUUCAGGGAGAUAAACAGGUGGGGAUAACGUCCCCUGUCAGACCAAUGGGGGGUGAGGGAACCCCGGUGAAAGGUAAACCCCUCUCUGUUGACAGCAUGGAUAACCCUCAGAUGGCAGUGAACAAUAAUUCAAAGGAUGCUGGUGCUGAUGAUGGCACCAAAGGGGUUGUUCCUGGAGUUCUCGGGACUGCUUCCAUUGAACUCUCAUCUGAAGGAAAGUGGAAGAACAUCCGGAAGACCCCUGCCAGUCCGCAUGCACAGGCCAACUGCCUCCGACAGAUUCUCCUCCUACAGCUGGACCUCAUUGAACAGCAGCAGCAACAGCUGCAAUCCAAGGAGAAGGAGAUUGAUGAACUCAAGGCCGAUAAGGAGAUGUUGCUUGCACGCAUUGAGCGCAUGGAACGUCGCCUCCAGCUCACAAGGAAGGAUGUACCCCGUGAUAAGCGCCUUUUUCAGCCCCUCGAGACGUGGACACCUGACAAAGAGGACAUAUGGGACCUGGACAUAGAGGAAAGUCCACAGCCCAACGCAGCCACUCCUCUCCCAUUCAGCAAAGGUCAAAAGAGGAAAUCUUGCUUCACGGAUCCGAAGGUUCAAAAAUCUCGCGCUAAAAGUGCAAAACUCAGCCCCCAAAAGUCUGAGACGGAGCCCGGGUCUCCCAACCAAAGAGAGCUGCGGAGUAAGGAAACCCCAGAGAAGUCUGUUCCAGGCAGGUCCGGUGCAGAAAGAGACGUUUUGCUUCCCUGUAAAGAGGAGCCUGAGCUGAGCUGCCAGAUGGAGGACCUGCCCUUCAUGUCAACCACAGAGAUGUAUCUCUGUUGCUGGAACCAACCUCCUCUGUCCCCUCUGCGUGAGACUUCCCCUAAAAAGGAGGAAGAGGUGGCCAGUGAGUGGACUCCUCAUGUAGUUCAUGAUAUGCUGAUUGUUUUCCCCUCUUGGAGGGAAAACCACAUAGAGCCUUUGGAUGAGGAUGCCAGUAAUAUCCCUGAGCCGCUGGAUGACGGCGCGUUUCUGAAACGUCACGCAAAGCUGGAGCUGGACGAGAAGAGGAGGAAAAGAUGGGAUAUCCAGCGAAUUCGGGAGCAGCGCAUGUUCCAGCGUCUGCAACAGCGCAUGAACAGAAAGAAGAUCGUCCAGGAAACCGAGCCCGAGCUGUCGUCCUUCUACCCCGACACUGAAGACGUUGAAGCGAUAGUCAUCACUCCAUUCUUACCUGUGGUUGCAUUUGGUCGGCCGCUGCCCAGACUCUCCCAGCAGAACUUCGAGCUGCCCUGGCUGGACGAACGAAGCCGAUGCCGGAUCGAGGUUCCCAAGAAACACACGCCUCACCGAACUUGUCGGAAGUGAAGGCUGAACCACAAUGAGAGCAGGAUGCUGCUACCCCCAGCCUGAAUUUAAAAAGAAAAAAAAGUUUACAAAUUGGUUCUGGGGGAUUAUGUUGGUGUGGGCAGCUGCUGUUUUCAGUCUGUGGUUGCAAAAACCCACAAAGUAACUAAUUUCCUGGAGAAAACCUGAAUAAAACGAGGCAGGAAUAUAGGUGACAUGUUAGCAGCUGUUCAUUCAAAAGUUCAGAGCAUGUUUUUGUUCAAAAUGUGCCAUAAGAGUUUGUUUUUUCUAUCGCUCCAAGUUUGAGUUUCAGUCGGGUUUGAUACGUAAUGUUCUGAUGUGAAAAGGGUUCUCAUCCUGAGCAUGUUGGGGCGAAACUUUGUCCUCAGUUUACACAAAGAGGAGCUUAAUUCUUCAUCACAAACAGUCCAGCCACAUUGUUCAUGCUGUGAUUAGCUUUUCUCCUUGCCUAAGUGGAAAAAAAGUCAAAAAUCGACUGUUCAGUGCCGUGUUGCUCUUACUGUUUGCACACAAAUUUAAUACGAUUUUAUCAAUGUUAACUGUGAUAUAAGGGUUUUCAAACAGCAUGACUAUAUAUAGAAUAAUCAUAAGCCAAUUCAGCAUAAAGAAACAGAUGAUCUGAGGGGUUGUUCUUGAAAACAGUAUAAAAAGUGACAACACUUGGGAAACUGGUUUAUUUUUCAUGUGAGCUGCAUGCACUGCUUACCUGUUGCAAAAAGAAGAAUAUUUUCUUCCCACUGGGUUACUAAAACUAAAGAAGUUCUACAUGAAAGCAUGAUUUUUAUAAAAUCAGACAGCUGUGCUUACAGGUGAUUUCUGUUCAGUUUCCAACCUUAAAAGCACAUUUGCAUCCAGUAAUAAUAGCCAAGUUAUGUGCAUGCAUUGCUCUGCUCGGUCGGAGAUGUUUUAGGUGAUUAAAAGGCUUUCUGUUGUAGUUCUAGCUGCUGGUACGCUUUCAAAGGCGCCGCCCGUCUCCUCUGAGCUAAUCUCGCUCAUGAUCACAACCAUAGGUUUCUCUCUUGGUUGCUCCACCUGUUCUGUCAUCAAAGCAAGGUUUGGAAAUAAAAUUUAAAGUUUUCUUUGACUGUACAUAACUUUCAGAAACAAAUGUAAAUAAAACAUUGCUGUUAUUUUUUUAUUAUUUAAUGUUGGAAGUGUUCAGUACAUACAAUAUUGCUCUGAUUGUACGUUGACAAAUUGACAGUUUUGACAGUUAAUUUUUUGGAAUAAAAU